AUGGACUUCGACAACAAAGUUAUCGUGAUCACCGGCGCGAGUUCCGGCAUCGGAGCAGCUGCCGCACUAUUGUACGCCAAGCAGUCUGCCAAAGUUGUCUUAGUUGGAAGAAAUGAAGAAUCUUUGAACAAAGUUGCGAAACAAUGCGAAGAUGCAAGAGGUAUUAAACCACUAACUAUCAAGGCGGAGUUGUCGCAUGACGACGAUGUGAAGAAUAUUGUGACAAAAACUAUAAACAUAUUUGGCCGCAUCGACGUUCUCGUGAACAACGCUGGUGUUGGAGUCCAAGGGAGCAUAUUAGAAGGUGUAGAGUUACUUGAUCGUGCUAUUGCCACUAAUUUACGCGCAGUGUACCAUCUGACAAGCUUAGCGGCGCCACAUCUCAUCAAAACAAAGGGGAACAUUGUGAACGUAUCGAGCGUGGCGGCCUUACGACCGAUCAAGGACGUGAAUUACUUGCCGUAUUGUAUAUCGAAAGCCGGUCUCGACCAAUUUACCAAGUGUUUGGCGGUGGAGCUUGGUCGUCAAGGUGUCCGCGUCAACUCUGUUAAUCCAGGCGGUACUAAUACCCCAUUCGCAGAAACAGCUGGUUUUACCAAAGAACAAGUUUCGGAGUUAUACAAAAGCCGCAGCUCAUUGUACCCGCUCGGUAAAAUGGCAGAAAGCGAGGAGGUCGCUGACCUGAUUCUUUAUCUAUCGAGCGAUCGCGCGCGCAGUAUCACGGGCAGUAUUUACGUUAUAGAUAACGGCGAAAUAUUGGUGUGA